GAUGCGCUGACGUCACCGCUCCAUCCCCGAGCGCGCCCUCCCGGUCCCCGCGUCCCCCUCCGGCCGGCGGCGGCCGCCAACCAGCGCGUGGGGCGGGGACCGCAGGGGCGGGGCCGCUGCCACCCGCACCGGCACCGACACCGACACCGGCACCGACACCGACACCGACACCGGAACAGCAUCGCACCGCGCGGCUCGGCCUCAUGCCGGCGGCCCCCGCCCACGGCUGAGCGCUGCGCCCCUCCGAACCGGCCACGGGCACGGCCACGGGCAUCACAGGACAGCCACUGCUCCUCACUAGCAGGACCCACGUCCAGGCAGCGCCAUGGCGGGAGCGUCCGUGAAGGUGGCAGUGCGCGUCCGGCCCUUCAACUCCCGGGAGAUGAGCCGGGAAUCGAAAUGCAUUAUCCAGAUGUCGGGAAGCACCACCACUAUCCUGAACCCAAAACAGCCCAAAGAGACACCAAAAAGCUUCAGCUUUGACUAUUCCUACUGGUCCCACACUACGCCUGCAGACAUCAACUAUGCAUCCCAGAAGCAAGUGUACCGGGACAUUGGCGAGGAGAUGCUGCAGCACGCCUUCGAAGGCUACAAUGUGUGCAUCUUCGCCUAUGGGCAGACAGGAGCUGGAAAAUCUUACACCAUGAUGGGCAAGCAGGAGAAGGACCAGCAAGGCAUCAUCCCACAGCUGUGUGAGGACCUCUUCUCCCGCAUCAAUGACACAACGAAUGACAACAUGUCCUAUUCUGUGGAGGUGAGCUACAUGGAGAUCUACUGUGAACGUGUGAGGGACCUCCUCAACCCCAAGAACAAGGGGAACCUGCGGGUGAGGGAGCAUCCCCUUAUGGGUCCAUAUGUUGAGGACCUUUCCAAACUGGCUGUGACCUCCUACAAUGACAUCCAGGACCUUAUGGACUCUGGAAACAAAGCCCGCACAGUGGCUGCUACCAACAUGAAUGAGACCAGCAGCCGCUCCCACGCCGUGUUCAACAUCAUCUUCACGCAGAAGCGGCACGAUGCCGAGACAGACAUCACCACUGAGAAGGUCAGCAAAAUCAGCUUGGUGGACCUGGCUGGGAGUGAGCGAGCGGAUUCCACAGGCGCCAAGGGCACAAGGCUAAAGGAAGGAGCAAACAUCAACAAGUCCUUGACCACUCUGGGGAAAGUCAUCUCUGCCCUGGCUGAAAUGGAUUCGGGGCCGAACAAGAACAAAAAGAAGAAAAAGACAGACUUCAUCCCAUACCGAGACUCGGUGCUGACCUGGCUGCUGCGGGAGAACCUGGGAGGCAACUCCAGAACUGCCAUGGUCGCUGCUCUCAGUCCUGCUGACAUCAACUACGAUGAGACCCUCAGCACACUCAGGUAUGCUGACCGUGCCAAGCAGAUCCGCUGCAAUGCUGUCAUCAACGAGGACCCCAACAACAAGCUCAUCAGGGAGCUGAAGGACGAGGUGGCACGACUGCGAGACCUUCUCUACGCCCAGGGCCUUGGGGACAUCAUUGACAUGACCAAUGCCAUUGCUGGGAUCAGCCCCUCUUCCUCCCUCUCUGCCUUGUCCAGCCGUGCUGCCUCGGUUGCCAGCCUCCACGAGCGCAUCAUGUUUGCUCCAGGCAGCGAAGAGGCAAUUGAGAGGCUCAAGGAGACAGAGAAAAUCAUUGCAGAGCUGAACGAGACGUGGGAGGAGAAGCUGCGUAGGACAGAAGCGAUACGGAUGGAAAGGGAAGCGUUGCUGGCUGAAAUGGGGGUGGCCAUGAGGGAGGAUGGAGGCACCUUGGGCGUUUUUUCUCCUAAAAAGACACCGCACUUGGUCAACCUGAAUGAGGAUCCGCUCAUGUCCGAGUGUCUUCUCUACUACAUCAAGGAUGGGAUAACAAGGGUUGGCCGGGAAGAUGCUGAGAAGAGGCAGGACAUCGUUCUCAGCGGGCACUUCAUUAAAGAAGAGCACUGCCUGUUCCGCAGCGACACCAAAACUGGUGGCGAAGUGAUAGUGACCCUGGAGCCCUGUGAAGGUGCUGACACCUAUGUGAAUGGCAAAAAGGUGACAGAGCCCAGCAUCCUGCGCUCAGGAAACCGCAUCAUCAUGGGCAAGAGCCACGUCUUCCGCUUCAACCACCCCGAGCAGGCUCGGCAGGAGCGGGAGCGGACGCCGUGUGCUGAGACCCCCGCAGAGCCUGUGGACUGGGCGUUUGCCCAGAGAGAGCUGCUGGAGAAGCAAGGCAUCGACAUGAAACAGGAGAUGGAGCAGAGGCUCCAGGAGCUGGAGGACCAGUACCGGAGGGAGCGGGAAGAGGCAAAUUACCUUCUAGAGCAGCAGAGGCUGGACUAUGAGAGCAAACUGGAGGCUUUGCAGAAGCAGAUGGAUUCUAGGUAUUACCCUGAGGCAAAUGAGGAGGAGGAAGAACCUGAGGAUGAAGUGCAGUGGACAGAGCGGGAAUUCGAGCUCGCCCUCUGGGCCUUUAGGAAGUGGAAGUGGUACCAGUUCACCUCCCUCCGCGACCUGCUCUGGGGCAACGCUAUCUUCCUCAAGGAAGCCAAUGCCAUCAGCGUGGAGCUGAAAAAGAAGGUCCAGUUCCAGUUUGUGCUCCUCACGGACACACUGUACUCACCUCUCCCUCCCGACCUGCUGCCUCCCGAUGCUGCCAAGGACCGGGAGAAGCGGCCCUUUCCCCGGACCAUUGUGGCUGUAGAGGUGCAGGACCAGAAGAACGGGGCAACACAUUACUGGACCCUGGAGAAGCUGAGGCAGCGCCUGGACCUGAUGCGUGAGAUGUAUGACCGAGCAGCAGAAGUGCCUUCCAGCGUCAUCGAGGACUGUGACAAUGUGGUGACUGGAGGAGACCCUUUCUACGACCGCUUUCCCUGGUUCAGGCUGGUCGGCAGUUCAGAUAUCUCUGGCUGCAACAGCUCUCCUCUUUUCAACACAUGCAUGAGCGAGCGCAUGGCUGAUCUCACCCCCUCCCCUACCUUCUCGAACCCCGACUCCGACAUCACCGAGCCUGCUGACGAGCAGCACCAGGGGCAGGAGGAGGAGGAGGAGGAGGAGGAGGACCUGGAGGAAGACAUCUUUCCGGAGUGCCCGCUGUGUGAUGGCCGGGAUCCAUUUUACGACCGCUUCCCCCUGUUCAGUUUAGUAGGAAGGGCCUUUGUCUACCUGAGCAACCUCCUCUACCCCGUGCCCCUGGUCCACCGCGUGGCCAUCGUCAGCGAGAAGGGCGAGGUGAAGGGCUUCCUGCGUGUGGCUGUCCAGGCCAUCUCAGCGGAUGAAGAAGCCCCCGACUAUGGCUCUGGUGUGCGGCAAUCAGGGACAGCCAAGAUCUCCUUUGACGACCAGCACUUUGAGAAGUUCCAGUCAGAGUCGUGCCCAGCGGUCGGGAUGUCUCGCUCGGGGACCUCUCAGGAGGAGCUGCGCAUAGUCGAAGGUCAGGGGCAGGUCAGCGACGUGGGUCCUUCUGCCGAUGAAGUCAACAACAACACCUGUGCAGCAACCCCAGAGGAUCUUCUUCUGGACAGCCCGGAGAAGCCUGCACCGGACGGGCCACUGGAGGUGGCUUUGGACCACCUGAAGCUGGGCAGCAUCUUCACUUUCCGUGUGACAGUCCUGCAAGCCUCCAGCAUCUCUGCAGAAUAUGCUGACAUCUUCUGCCAGUUCAAUUUCAUCCAUCGCCAUGAUGAGGCCUUUUCAACAGAACCCUUGAAGAACACAGGACGAGGGCCACCCCUGGGCUUCUAUCAUGUCCAGAAUAUCGCUGUGGAGGUGACAAAAUCUUUCAUUGAAUACAUCAAGAGCCAGCCAAUUGUGUUUGAGGUGUUUGGCCACUACCAGCAGCACCCCUUCCCACCCCUCUGCAAGGAUGUCCUCAGCCCACUGAGGCCAUCCCGACGCCACUUCCCUCGUGUGAUGCCACUCUCCAAACCAGUGCCUGCCACAAAGCUGAGCACCAUGACUCGGCCCAGUGCUGGCCCCUGCCAGUGCAAGUACGACCUGAUGGUCUUCUUUGAGAUCUGUGAGCUGGAGGCCAAUGGCGACUACAUCCCUGCUGUUGUGGACCACCGUGGAGGCAUGCCAUGCCAUGGGACCUUCCUCCUUCAUCAGGGCAUCCAGAGGAGAAUCAGUGUCACCUUGGUGCAUGAAACGGGCAGCCUCAUCCACUGGAAGGAAGUACGGGAGCUGGUUGUGGGUCGAAUCCGGAACACCCCAGAAGCAGAUGAGUCACUCAUCGACCCCAACAUUCUGUCCCUGAACAUCCUCUCCUCCGGGUACAUCCACCCCUCCCAGGAUGACCGGCAGUUUCUUGAUUCGGAUAUGCCUAGGACUUUCUACCAGUUUGAGGCGGCGUGGGAUAGCUCCAUGCACAACUCGCUGCUGCUCAAUCGUGUUACCCCUUACCGGGAGAAGAUCUACAUCACCCUGUCAGCUUACAUCGAGAUGGAGAACUGCACUCAACCUGCCGUCAUCACCAAAGACUUCUGCAUGGUUUUCUACUCCCGGGAUGCCAAACUUCCUGCCUCACGCUCCAUCCGCAAUCUUUUUGGCAGUGGCAGUCUGCGGGCUUCUGAGAGCAACCGUGUGACAGGAGUCUACGAGCUCAGCCUCUGUCGUGUGGCUGAUGCCGGCAGCCCAGGCAUGCAGAGAAGGCGCCGGCGUGUUCUGGACACCUCUGUAGCCUAUGUCCGGGGAGAGGAGAACCUGGCUGGCUGGCGGCCCCGCAGUGACAGCCUCAUCCUUGACCAUCAGUGGGAGCUGGAGAAACUCAGCCUUCUGCAAGAAGUGGAGAAGACAAGACACUACCUGUUGCUGCGUGAGAAGCUGGAGACGACCCAGCGCUUGGGCAUGGAGACCCUGUCCCCAUGUUCCAGUGAAGAUUCUGAGUCCCGAAGCACCUCCUGCAUCUCCUCCCCACUCUCUGCUGAUGGGGCACCUGAAGGCCGCACCUCUCCCCCUGAGACCCCCAGCGAGAGGCAGAAGGAGCUGGCUGUGAAGUGCUUGCGCCUGCUCACGCAUACCUUCAACAGGGAGUACAGCCACAGCCACGUCUGCAUUAGCGCCAGUGAGAGCAAGCUGUCUGAAAUGUCCGUGACCUUGAUGAGAGACCCUUCCAUGCCAGCUCUUGGGGUCACCACUCUCACCCCGUCCUCGACCUGCCCAUCACUGGUGGAAGGAUGUUACAACGCCAUGGAGGUCAGACCCCCCCAGGUUUCCUCCAGGGCAGAGAGCCCCGAUUUGGAACCUGUUGUAGAAGGAGAGCACAAGAAGUCCCCAGCCCGCCGGCCUGAGGAGGAAAAGGAGCCCCAGCGGUUGCUGGUGCCCGACAUCCAGGAGAUUCGAGUCAGUCCCAUCGUCUCCAAAAAGGGCUACCUGCACUUCCUGGAGCCUCACACCAAUGGAUGGGUGAAACGCUUCGUGGUGGUCCGGCGUCCCUAUGUCUACAUCUACAACUCAGACAAGGAUGCGGUGGAGAGGGCCAUACUCAACCUCUCCAAGGCCCAGGUGGAGUACAGUGAGGACCAGCAGGCCAUGCUCAAGACCCCGAACACAUUUGCGGUGUGCACGGAGCACCGGGGCAUCCUGCUGCAGGCAGGCAGUGACAAGGACAUGCACGACUGGCUCUACGCUUUCAACCCUCUCCUGGCUGGAUCCAUAAGAUCCAAGCUGUCCAGAAGGAGAACAGCCCAGAUGAGAAUCUAACCUGAAAAACACCCUCCACCUCAUCCGUCUGCUAACAGGAUCAAGAUAGCUGAUUCUGUCUGAAGACUCCCCAUGUUAAUAUCUGAUCUUUCACACCAUCUGCUGCCCCAGCUCUCUGCUCCAUGGAAGGACCUGUCUUGAUUCACAGCUUCACGGGGGAAACUCACUUCUGUUUGUAGCUGCAAAAGCCUGGACCUGUCUGGGCAGGUUCCCUGUGCACGUGCCAUCUUCUGCCUGUCCCUCCAUGGGUGACCUUCAUAUCACACCAUCUAACACUCCAAAAAAGGUCCCUAUCAGAAGGAGGGAGUGAGAAGGGUGGUUUUGGCUAAAAGCUGGUCUUUGAUCUAGAGAGAUGGGAAUGCAGUAAAGCUCAGAGCUGGGAGAGCAGGAGGAAUUGCCCUCAGGUGAAGGGAAAGUGGUAACUUAUAUGUGAGGUUUCCCUAAUUUAUCGGUGUUUCUGCAAGAGACAGCAGAGUAAGAUCAGGUGUCAGUACUUUAAGAUUAUAUUUAUAAAGUAUUUAUUUCUAUUUACAUCACAAAAAUACCCUAAGUUGAGUCCUGGCCCCCAGCCAAUGCCUCCCCCAGGCAGGGGAGAGCCUUGCUGGUGGGCUGAGGUUCCGGAGAUGCCUUCCCCGGGACAUCCCUGGCUUGUGCCUGGCAGCAGCGCAGCUCUCACCCUCACUCUAUGCCCUUCCCCAACUAUUUGCUUUGCCAUCCCCUGCAGCUUAAAACUACUUUUCACCUGACCAGUGGCCAGACAGUCCACCAUGUCUUCCCAAAGAAGGCAAUUGCUACCUGUCCCAUCUACCUCUGGAAGGGAAGAGCCCACAGUUUCAACUGGCCAGGGCACCCAUGUCCCUGCAGAUGGGUCACUGCACUUUGGAGCUUGGUCCUACUGCAGGGAAAUGGAGACCUCUGGCUAUGGCUCUGUCUGUCACACCAUGCUGGGCUACCCUUUCCAACCAAAAGCACUUGGGCCACCUCCACUAUCACAGCCUGGGACCCCCAGGUGUCACAUCCAAGGGAUUUCCCACUCUUAGGGCAGGAUGCCAAGGAUCCCAACCCUGCAGGGAGUGUGGAGGUUCAGGUGGAAUGGGAAAAUUCCCCAGGAGCCAUGACUAGGAAUGACCAUCCCACCCUACAGGAUCCUUCUUGUCCUUUCCCAAAAGGGCUUGCACAUCUCUUCUUCUCCUAGCAGGAUGACAGACUCAAAGCAGAUCAAAUGGUGUCAGGGUGGGGAUGGGGCUUCUUUUUUCUGUUCUAGCUGGUGUUUUCUCACUCUUCCUCUGCUGCAGAAGCAAGCACCCACCUCUUCCCCACCCUGCCUCCAUCAGCAUGUUUAUCUGGGGGCUUCUCGCAUUGGAGGUGUUUUUGCUGAAAAGACCUCCAGCCAUCACUGCUUCCCACCUCCUCCAGCAGCAGCUCUCUCUUCUCCCAUUUCUCACCCAUGGUUAGAUGUUUUUGUUCAGGGCUUCCCAAGUGGCCAGCAGCAUCUGGCACAGCUCUGUGUUGGAAGCUGAGCAUCUUCCUCCGUGCAUCUCCCAGGCACCCCCAGCUCUGCUGUCUCUUGUCCAGCACAGCUGCGCCUUGGCUCUGCCACACCUCCCUGCACUGUCUGUGGGGUGUGCGUGUGUGUGUGUGUGUGUGUGUGUGGGACGUGGUGCUGUCUUCUCAUUAUAUUCGUGUUGUGGGGGGCACAGAUAGGCAGGGACAUGGCAGAGGAGUAGAGGUUUGCACUGGCCCCCUUGCUGCAUAUCAGGCACCCUCUAGCUUGGGUUUCAGGUGACAGAAAGAAUUUGGGGAUUCUUCUUGAGCACAUGCUGGUUCUGCCUGGCCUCGCCACAGCUCCUUGGGCAUCUUACCCCAUUACUACAGCCCAAAUCUCCAGUGGGGCUGCUCCCUCUCAGCCCACCUCCCCUGCCCAGGACAAGCUCCCCAGCAAACUGGGCUAUUUUCCUCUCUGUGAUCGUUUUUAGACCUGGAGGCCAACUUGUGCCCUUUCUGUAUGAAGAGAUGCCAGCCUGGAGGCACAGAGAGGCUGAGCUGGGGCAAUGCAGGGUCCCAGGCUGCAACAUCCUGGCUCCCGUGCUCUGAGCAAGGACUAGUUGGUACCAUCCCAAAUUUCAGUGUAAGGGGCUAAAGGUGGAGAAACAGCGGUACCUAAGGGGAGGCUCCUCCAGAACGGAGGCAGCUUCUGGCAGAGACGGGACCAGUGUCUGUCAGGGACCAGACACAGGUCCACUGGCCAGGGCUGUAUGGUGCUGCCUGUGCCACAGACAAGACGCAGCCAGCUGAAGGGCAUCCUCCAGCCAGAGCCGAAGCCUGCCUGAGGCCAGCAAACCUGCAGAGCAGACGGCUGGGCUGGAGGUGGGAGCCGAGGGGAACAGAGCUGCCCGCUGGGUGCGGCACUCGGGCCGCUCGUCACCCCGCCAGCAGCGCUCUGACCGGCCCCGCGCUGCUCCUCACGGCCCUGCCACGCAUCCCCUCGGCAAGGAAUGCAAACCGGAGGUUCCAGCACGACUACAAGCCCAACGGGAAGGGAAAUUCCACACGGCAGCGGGUGGCACGGAAGGCAGGCAGGCAGGCAUCGGCGGGAGGAGGAGAGAGGCCGCACUCCCCGCUCUCCGGUUCCCGCCGGCGCUCCCUGCCGUGUGCCAGGGGGGGCAGUACUGCGGGUCUUGGCCGUCCGUGCGCACGUGAGGCUUGUUCGGUUCUGAAAUAAAUGUCGCAUUUAACGCAAUUCCCGUGCGCUGAGCGUCCUCUCUGGG